CUCCUCUCUCUCUCUUCCUCCGGCUCUCAGUCCCACUGCUGUAGCACAGUCUGUGGAGCAGUCGGAGCAGCGGCUGUUCGCUUUGUGCAUCCUCAUCAUCGACCACCUGCGCUGGAGGCUGCUGAUGGAGCAGAUCCCGCGUUACAUGGAGUAAUUUUUAGAGCCGCUACGUCUUGUUAUUUUUCUCCCCGUCUUCUUUUCUUGCCCCACUGGGCAUCUAAAGUUGCAGCGAUGCCUCCGCUCAACAUUUGGGAUCAGUGAUAACCCACCGUUAGAGAUUUGACACCAGCCGCAUGUGGUUGAUCAGCACCGUCUCCUGGAAGUGGACAAAACAUGGACUAAUUUACUUUCACUCAUACACCAUGGGAUUAUUACAGAUAUCUUUGGCUCUCGGCAUAUUUUGCGCCUCCUCAGUUGUAGGUUUUGGGGUGGACCCUGCCCUGCGCAUCAACCUGUUUGAUGAACUGACACUUGGACAAGGCUUUGAUGGAGUUACUCAGGUCCAGGGAUUCCACGGCGAGUCCAGAGCUUUCCACUUCCAAGGAUCCUCCAGGGAAGUCAAGGCUCCUGCUGAGCUCUCAAAGCAAAUGGUCCACAAACUGAGAGGCAAGAGCGAGUUUACUGUUCUGGUGACCGUCAAACAAGAGCACCUCAACUCCGGGGUCAUCCUCUCUAUUCAUCAUUCUGAACAGAGGUUCCUGGAGCUGGAGAGCAGCGGUCAGCGCAGCGAGGUGCGUCUUCACUACCGCACCAAAGGCCAGCAGGCCCACACGGAGGUGUUCCCCUACAGUCUGGCCGACGAUCAGUGGCACAAGGUCUCCGUGGCCAUCAGCGCCUCGCACGUCAUCUUACAUGUGGACUGCAACAGGAUCUAUGAGCGUGUGGUGGAAGUUCCUUACAUGAAUAUUCCUGAGGACGCUUCCGUUUGGCUCGGACAGAGGAACGCCGCCCACGGCUUCUUUAAGGGAGUGAUGCAGGACGUGGAGAUCGUGGUGAUGCCGCAGGGUUACAUCUCACAGUGUCCCGACCUGAACAGAACUUGUCCAACUUGCAAUGACUUCCAUGGACUUGUGCAGAAGAUCAUGGAGCUGCAGGACGUCCUGGCUAAAACGUCCAGCAAGCUGUCCAGGGCAGAGGAGAAGAUGAAUGGGCUGGACGGCUGCUAUUGUGAGAGGACCUGCACCGUUAAGGGGGUUGUCUACAGGGAGGACGAGGGCUGGACAGAUGGCUGCAGGAACUGCACGUGCACGAACGGAACAGUUCAGUGUGAGGCCAUCACCUGCCCUCCUCCUCAGUGCCCGGCCACCACAGCCCCUGCCUACGUGAAGGGUUCUUGCUGCAUGGAGUGUCAGCCUGUCUGCCUGUUCGGUGGGAGAGAGCUAGUGGAGGGCGAUCGGAAGGCCGUGCGUGACUCCGCUGGCAGGUGCCUGCUGUUUGAGUGCAGGGACAGGAACAUGCAUCGAGUGGUUCCCAGCGAGCCGUGUCCUGAGCUCAACUGUCCAGAGUCGGAGCAGAUCACCUUGAAUGACAGAUGCUGUAAAGUCUGCAGAGGUCAUGACUUCUGCUCAGAGGGCCACGGCUGUGUGGAGCACUCCGACUGUGUCAACCUGGAGGCAGGAGACUGCUGUGUGUGUAAGGACGGGUUUCGACCACUGAGAGAGGAUAAUGCUUACUGUGAAGAUAUUGAUGAGUGUGCUGAGGGGAAGCACUACUGCAGGGAGAACACCAUGUGUGUGAACACACCCGGCUCCUUCAUGUGUAUCUGCCACACGGGCUACAUCAGGAUCGAUGACUACUCCUGCACAGAGCAUGACGAGUGCCUGAGUGGACUUCACAACUGUGACCAGAACGCCUUGUGCUUCAACAUGGUUGGAGGCCACAGCUGCUCCUGUAAACCAGGCUACACUGGUAACGGGACGGUGUGCAAAGCUAUGUGUGACGGACUCUGUCAGAAUGGCGGAACCUGCAUCUCACCCAACAACUGUGUGUGCCAGCAAGGAUUUACUGGGAAGAGAUGUGAGACAGAUAUUGAUGAGUGUGCAGAUGGCUUUGUGGAGUGUGAUAGUAAAUCCACUUGUGUCAACUUGCCCGGCUGGUACCACUGUGAGUGCCGGGAUGGCUACCAUGACAACGGCUUGUUUUCUGCCAAUGGGGAAUCAUGUGUUGACAUUAACGAAUGCAAGACAGGAAGAAACACCUGCGCCAACGACACUGUGUGCUUCAACCUGGACGGGGGCUACGACUGCCGAUGCCCACAUGGACACAACUGCACUGGCGACUGUAUCCAUGACAACAAGGUCAAACACAGUGGGCAGAUCUGGGUUCUGGACAGCGAUCGUUGCUCCGUCUGCUCCUGUCAGGCUGGGCAAGUCAUGUGCCGCAGGAUGGUUUGCGACUGCGACAAUCCCAACGCUGACCUCUUCUGUUGCCCAGAGUGUGACCCUCGACUGAGCAGCCAGUGUCUGCACCAGAACGGCCUGCUCACCUACAGCAGCGGCGACACGUGGGUGGAGAACUGCCAGCAGUGCCAGUGUCUGCAGGGGCAGGUGGACUGCUGGCCUCUGCCGUGUCCACCUGUGGACUGCGAGUUCACUGUGGUGCCUGAGGGCGAGUGCUGUCCCCGCUGUGUCACUGACCCCUGUCUGGCUGACACCAUCCGCAACGACAUCACCAAGACGUGCACGGACGAGCACAACAUCUCACGCUUCAGCGGCUCCUCCUGGAUUAAACAUGGCACUGAGUGCACUCUGUGCCAGUGCAAGAACGGACACAUCUGUUGCUCAGUGGACCCCAUGUGCCUUUAGUCCCGACAGACCUAAAGGCACCUGUAAAGUCUUCUCCAUGUAAAGAAUUAAAAAAAAAAAGAAAAAAUAGUGACACUAUGUCCAACGUCUCCUUACGUCCCUCUUCACAUCUGUGGGUCAACACCUAUUUUUAGGAUUUGAUUUAACCUGCUCUGCUAAUGGCUAAUGGUGGAUGAUGUUUACUAAUCACAAAAAUCACAAAUCAAUGUCUUUAUCGUCAAUAU